AUGGCGGAGACACUACGACGGCUCCCCUCGCCGAUUCAAACAGACAACCUAUCUGCCACCUCUCCUCCCACAUCGACGACCUCGUCCCCGCGAUCGACCCCAGGCCUCUCAGCGAAACGGUCUCGCUCGCCCCUGUCCCUCGAUCUCUCGUCCCUACCGCCUCUCUCCCAGCCCGCACCGCCCAGCAACACCCUCCUCAUCACGCGGCUAGACGACCCCAAGAUCUUUCACCCCGCCAGCCUGGCCACCAUCCGCCAACACAUCGCGUCGCUGGCGCCCCUCAACUCCUUCUCCCCACUCAAGUCCAUGCACCGCAUCAUCUGCUCGUUCUACUCCACCGACGCGGCCAUCGCGGUACGGCAAGAGUUCGACGGCCGAGCCGUGCUAGGCAACACGGUCGCGAAAUGCUACUUCGGCGAGCCCACGCCUCUGGACCCCGAGAAGAAAUACCUCGACCGCCCGGACGCGGGACGGCUGUUCUUCAUCUCCCCGCCCCCGUCACCCCCCGUGGGUUGGGAGAUGAGGACCGAAGACCCGCCGAACAAGGAAGUCCACGCCGAGGAUCUGGCCAGCAAGCUCGCCAAGCUGAGCAGCAAGAUCACGGCCUCCCCGACGGGCGCGGGCGACGAGUCCAGUGAAGACGAGGCCCAGAUCCCAUCCCGGACGCAGUACACGGCCUCGGAUCUCGCGCAGAAGCUGAAAUCGAACCAUCGGCGGGCGUUGAGUGGCGUGUCGGCCGAGAACAACUCCCCCACCACUGCCGAGGCCGCGAGUCCCAAGAAACAUCGCAGCAGGAGUUCGACUCUGAUCUAUGAUCCCGUGGCCCAUGGGGAUAGUCCGGCGUUGCCGGCAGUGAUGCUGGAGACCGAGGACGACUCCGAGGUGGAGUUGGAGGACGACAGCAAGAAGAUAUUCGAGCAUACGGCACGGCCGCCAGUGGAGCUGAUGGAGCAUUGA